CGCCGAUGACCGGUUUGGUCAGGUUAACCGCCGGGUAACUUUCGUAUUUUUCGAUUUUCUCCAGUCGCAAGUGUCACGCUGAUUCGGUUAGUGCUGUAGCGUUCCGUUGCUUGUCCGCCGUCUGUUUUUUACGCGUCGUCUCUAUAUCGUAGCAAUAUUAAUCAAUUAAUAUAUAAUUAAUAAUAAUUAUUAUUUAUUUCAUCGAUCGUAUGAUUUUAUCCCUGCCGAUAGUAUCAUAACUACACCGAAGUGUGCAAUUUACGCAAUUUAUUCUUCAGGGGUGCUCUUCUUCUCUUUGCUGCAAGAUGCGGCGAUCUUUUCUUCUCGUCGUCAUCUUGACGAUUACAGGGUUAGUAGGAUGUUGGGCAAUUUCAACUGAAGCUCGAUGUAAAUUUCCUGGUGCACCAGCACACUCAACUGUAUCGUUUUCUAAUGAUACGUUAACCAUUGGUGCAAUAGCUACGUAUACUUGCGAAAGAGGAUUUGAACUUUUAGGACCAGCAAGAAGAGUAUGUGAAUCUACUGGUGAAUGGCUACCAGAAGGAAUACCGUUUUGCGUAUUAAAUGUGGCUGCAGGCAAAGCGCCUAUGCAAAUCAGUUCAGAGCCCGGCGGCCUACCUCAAAAAGCCAUUGAUGGUAGCACCAGUUCGUUUUUCAGCCCCGAAACAUGCACACUCACUAAACCGGAACGUACCCCAUGGUGGUAUGUUAAUCUGUUGGAACCAUAUAUGGUUCAGUUAGUGAGACUGGAUUUCGGCAAAGCUUGUUGUGGUAAAAACAAACCUGCUACGAUAGUCGUGCGAGUGGGAAACAACAGACCUGACCUGGGCACGAAUCCUAUAUGUAACCGAUUCACUGGCUUUAUUGACGAAGGAAAACCGUUGUUCCUACCGUGCAAUCCACCUAUGCCAGGAGCAUUCGUUAGUGUCCACAUGGAAACCGCUAGUGGAUCUACUCAGUUAUCAAUAUGUGAAGCUUUUGUCUACACCGAUCAAGCGUUACCAAUUGAAAGAUGUCCACAAUUUAGAGAUCAACCACCAGGAAGUACUGCUACAUAUAACGGAAAGUGUUAUAUAUUUUAUAAUCGUCAACCAAUGAACUUAAGAGACGCGUUAGGAUUUUGUAGAUCAAGAGGUGGUACAUUGAUUGACGAAAGUAACCCAGCGUUACAGGGAUUUGUCAGCUGGGAACUGUGGAGAAGACAUAGGAGUGAUUCACAAAGUCAAUAUUGGAUGGGUGCUGUGAGGGAUUCUCAUAACAAAAAUAAUUGGAAAUGGCUAAACGGUGAUGAUCAAACAGUAUCGUUUUGGAGUUUACCGUCAAGUGGUUCUGAAACGACAUCUUUAAAUGGAGGCGAUUGCGCACGAUUUGAUGGUUCCAAAGGAUGGUUAUGGUCAGAUACUAAUUGCAAUGCUCCACUAAAUUUCAUUUGUCAACACCAACCGACUGCUUGUGGUAGGCCAGAGCAACCUCCAAAUUCAACAAUGAUUGCUGAAAAUUUCAAUGUCGGCACUGCGGUAGAGUAUUCUUGUGAUGAGGGUCACCUGUUGAUCGGCCCAUCCACUCGCACGUGUCUUGGAACAGGGUUCUAUAAUGAAUUUCCGCCCGUGUGCAAACGAAUUCAAUGUGGUUUUCCUGCGGACAUUUCAAACGGCAGUUAUAAGCUAAUCAAUGGCACCGUCAACUACUUAAGUCAAGUACAAUAUACUUGUAGUGAGGGACAUAAAAUAAUUGGAAGAGAUAGAUUAAUUUGUGAUUUAGACGAAAGAUGGGAUGGACCCCCUCCAAAGUGUACAAUCCAAAAAUGUGAUGAUCCUCCAGUAAUUCAAAAUGGCGAAUACCAAAUGUCAAACAAUGAUAGUAUUAUUGGAACACUAGUAGAGUAUACGUGUGUAUCUAGACGAUUCCGUUUGGUUGGACCUAAGCAAUUAAUAUGUUUACCAAGUGGUCAAUAUGACAAUAAGCCACCUUAUUGUAAAGAAGAAACUAAAACACCGAUUGUACCAGCCGUGUUGGUGACCAAGACUGUAUCGACUAGUACUGUUCCCAGUAGCCGAGCGCCACCGACUCCUAAUCGUGAAAAACCACGGCCGUUCACAACCAAGCCUACUUUAAUAACGAAACCAGCUAAUGAUCAGGACGAUAGCGGCCAGACGUCAUCCAAUGUGGUAAUUGCCUCAGCGCAUCCGCAUGACAACGAGAUUCCGGAUAGUGUUCACGUCCGAACAAACCCGAACGCGGCCAACAUACCGUCUCAGGUGGAAAGCGAACACCGGAUCGGCCCCAAACUAAAUUUGGGAGCAAUAAUCGCGUUGGGUGUGUUCGGAGCAUUUGUAUUUCUGGCAGCAGUUGUGACCACAAUCGUCAUAUUAGUGAAAAGGAAUCGCAGUGCCAAACACUUCCGACACCGGGCGUCGCCGGAUACCAACACGGUCGCCUCGCUGGACUCGUCCGGUUCCGAGAGCCGGGGCGGCCUGAACCGGUACUACAGGCAGGCGUGGGAGAACCUGCACCAGUCGGCCGCGUCGCCCAAACACUCGCGGCCGCACCAUCACCACCAUCACCAUCACGCGGGCGGCAGGCGCAAGGACACCGCGGCCGACGGGUCGCCGCGCAUCGAGAGCAUGCGCGACGGGUCCGAGCUGGUCGUCAACGACGUGUACCACCCGCGGUCGACGGCGGGGCCGAUGGACCACAACAAGAAGUCGUCCAGGCAUCACCACCACCAUCACCAUCACCAGAACAGGGCGGCCAACCGGUAUUAAUGACGGGCGCGGACUGCUAUAUAGUUAUUACGGAUGAGAUUCCGACGUCGCACCGCAGUGUAAUAAUGUUAUUUGCAGCAACCUGCUGCGGACGUCGUCGCGCGGUCAUAAUAAUAUUAUAUUAUUUAUAUACACGUAAUGUUAAACGUUAGUUGUUAGGUGUAUGCCUGCUUUUAUAAUUAUAUUAUUAUAUAUAUAUAUUUAUAUAUACUAAUUAUUAUUGUACACAGAGCGAUUGUUUCACUUUCAACAGCCGAAUCGCUCGUUCUUUCGAAAAUUAUUCACUCUUUUUGGAAAACUUAAGGUACCUAUAUUCUUACAUACCUAUACGCAAUAUUAUAGGUAUAUAAUGAUAUAUUAUAUAUAGGUAUUAUUUUUUUUCAAUGUUGUCGACUGAAGCAGAAUACUCUUGUUGGAAAAAACCUAACCUAUAGGCUAUAGUACUUAACUAUUUACAAACAUCGAAUAUCGUGAACCAAUUUGUUUGUAUUUAUAAACAUUUAAAGUUUAGACGAGCGGAGUACACGCAGCGGACCACGAAAUAUUUCGUCGUGUACCCAUCGUAGCCUUUAAACUUUAAAUGCUUAUGGAUAAAUAUUGUUGAGUUUACAAACGUUUUCAGUUUUCCAAAAUGAAUAUUUUUAAAAAAGUUCAUAAUUUUCGUAAUAAUGAGUGUUAUAAGCACACUCGUCUCACUGCGAUUCAACGUGUCACAUAAAACAUUAACGGUUUUACGCCCCUCAGUUUUAUGAAUGCCAAAGACUUAAAUAGAUACUAUUUUUUUUAUUAAACAUGAGACACCGAAAAUAAUAAUACAAUUAUCGAUAUUUCGUCCGAGGAAACUUUUUCUCAGAAUUAUUUCUAUUUUCUAUUCAUUUUUUCAAAAUAAUACUUUUCGGGUGAUUGCUUUGAUAUUUGGUUGAACAUAUUCGUGUAAAAGAUAAACUAUGACAAAUAUCUUUUGUACAAUCAAAUCAAUUAACAGUGAUUUUAAACUAUCAUUGAAGUUGGUUUCUAAUAAAUUUAUUAUUGAUUUAAACAGAUAUCAAAGUGUUGGUGAUUGCUUUGUAAAUACAAAAUUAUGCUUCGAUUAAAAAAAUCACUAUAUAGGUACCAAUCCAGCCUCCCGAAUUAAACGAUUUUAUUUUCAUUCAAUGAAAUUUCUGUAUGGACAUUAAGUUCACACCUAUACCUAAUUCACAUAGUUCUAAUUAAUUCACUAAAACAAUUGCAGUUAAUUAAUUUACAUUUACAUAGGUAAUCAUUAACUAUAACAAAAUGCACUUAUUGCAUUUACGUUCUUUGGAUAACUCGAAUCCAUAAAUUUCUAAAAUUGUAUUUUAGAAAAUAUAAAAUAAUUAAAAAAAUAAAAAUAAUCUGUAAAUAAAAUAUACUAUAGGUACGUUAUAAUAAUGUAGACAUUAGACAUAAAUGGAAAAUAUGGCAGUUAAUAAUUUAAGCGGAAAGUCUAAUAUGUACCUAUAUUAAUCAUUUGACUUUUAUUUCUUCAAAAUAUUUACUUCAAUAGUUGAAUCAUAAAAUUUAGAUAAUUAACCCCAUGGC